AUGGAGAAGAAGACGACCCUGGUCCUGUACCCGGGCUUCGGCGUCGGCCACCUCUCGCCGAUGCUCGAGCUAUCCAAGCUGCUCCUCCGCCACGGUGGUGGCGCUGCGCUCGACGUCAUCGUCGUACUCGUCCAAUCUCCAUUCGGGGACCCCAGCUUCGACGACACGGUCGCGCGCGCCAAGGCCGCCAACACGUCCGUGGCCUUCCACGUCCUCCCCUCCCCCAGUUCCCUCCUGCCACCGACGCGCCACAUCGCCCGGAUGUUCGGCUUCCUCCGCGCCACCAACGCGCCGCUCCGCGACUUCCUCCGCUCGCUCUCGGCGUCGUCGUCCUCGUCCCGCUCCCGCUCCGUCCGCUGCGCGCUCGUGCUCGACACCCUCGCCGUCUUCCUCGCCCUCCCCGGGAUGCGGGGAACCCUGGGCGCGGCGGGAUUCGGGGAGCUCGGCGACGCCGUCCUGACGUUCGCGGGCGUGCCUCCGCUCAAGGCCUCGGAGCUGCCCCAGCUGAUCCGCGACGACGGCGCCGCGUGCGAGGCCAGCCUCGGACUGGCUUCCCGGAUGCCGGAGGCACGCGGGAUCUUGCUGAAUUCCUUCGAGUCGCUGGAGCCUCGCGCCGUGCGCGCGCUCAGGGACGGCCUGUGCGUCCCCGGCCGCGACAUGCCUCCGGUCUACUGCGUCGGGCCGCUGGUCUCGCCUGGCAGAGAUAAGGACCACGGCUGCCUCCGGUGGAUGGACGCGCAGCCGGACCGCAGCGUCGUGUUCCUCUGCUUCGGGAGCAUGGGCGCGUUCCCAAAGAUCCAGCUUGAGGAGAUCGCUGUCGGGCUGGAGAGCUCCGGGCAGAGGUUUCUGGGUCGUGCGGAGCCCACGCGGCCCCGGCGAGCAGGCCGACGAUCUCGACCUCGACGCGCUCCUCCCGGACGGAUUCCUGGAGCGGAGCAGGAGCAGAGGUCUCGUCGUCAAGAACUGGGCGCCGCAGGUGGACGUGCUGCGGCACCGCGCGGCCGGCGCGUUCGUGACGCACUGCGGGUGGAACUCGGCGCUGGAGGGCGUCACGACGGGCCUGCCGCUGCUGUGCUGGCCACUGUACGCGGAGCAGGGGCUCAACAAGGUGUUCAUCGUGGAGGAGAUGCAGCUCGGGGUGGAGGUGAAGAAGAGCCGCGUCGGGGACGAGGACGUGGUGAAGGCCGAGGAGGUGGAAGCCAAGGUGAGGGCGGCUCCGGCGCAACCUCUCCGGUGCCACCGAGCGUCUUCCACAUGCCGUCGUCGGAGCCAACCACGGGAUGCCCAGAUGGAGGCAAGGAUGGUGCCGGCAGGGCUCCAGCUCUUGGGCUUGCGCAGGCCGAGGACGUCGGCUCCUAG